UUUGGGUGACCAAGGUGGGGAUCGGAUGGAAUAUCUAUAAACGUCGUUUAAUACAAGAGAUAACUGAAGAAUAUACGCCACAUAUAAGUUUGGCAAUUCAGGCAAUACAGUCAUAAAUGUGAAGUCGUCUCUUCAAACAAUAGAUCAUCGAUAGUGGGUGAUCAGUUAGUUGAGUAAUGGAGCACAAGUUAUUCACCGUUGUUGUACUGGCAAUUCUACUAACCGAUUCUACAAAUGGGAGAACGAAAGAUCCAGAUGAAGAUAGAGCAUAUGAAUUCGGAUUUACAAUUGAAGGAAUGCAACACAGGCAUGAGAAAAAAGAUGUGAAUGGUAUAAUCCAAGGAGAGUUCGGUUUCAUAACUGCUGAUGGUGUUUAUCACGUGACAGUCUACGCUACUGACGAAAAUGGAAAUUUCAGGAUAUUGAGCAUGAAAAAUAUCAAAGUCAGUCCACCUCUUGACGGCUCACCAGAUUAUGGUUCUUCGAAAUACUCCUCGAUUCCAAAAGGACCUCAAUCAUCCCAGUCCCCCUCACUGCAACCUGUACAAGUACAAAAAAGAACAGAUGUCUCUACAACUCGCUCUCCGAAAAAAGAGUUUACCACCCAACCAACGAUAAAACCGGCCUGUGCUGGUUGCGGGUAUGUGACUACAACUAAAAGACCACCACUUCUCAAUAAUAAUGGUGGAAACCUACAAGGUGGAGGUAUUCCAUCAGGACAACCACAAAGAUUACCAACAGAAGGAAUUCCUUCAUCAGGCCCUGGCUCGUCCAACUUGGGUAUAAAAGGCAACGAGCAAUAUCCUGAAUCAGAAAUUCGAAACCAAAAUCGACCAAAUAUACCGGUCUCUUUCAAUGGCUUGUUGGCUCCAGCCAUUGGAAACUCACAACAAAGUCAAGGCAUUAAUGGCAACAUUGAAUCGAGCCCGCAGUUUCCCCAAAGAAACUCACAACAAAGUCAAGGCAUUAAUGGCAACAUUGAAUCGAGCCCGCAGUUUCCCCAAAAAUCUAAUGAUGUCCCACCUUUGUCCGGUGCUGGAAACUUGAAUCCUUCAGGCAUAUCCCCCUACUCCGACUCGUUCAGUAACCCACCGAACAAUCCAAAUGACGUAUUUGGACCCUCCAAAGGCAGCCAACAUUCCUCACAGAUUACUUACAGAAAUCCUGAUUCUCCGGUUAAAGUAACCGAUGGUGUGAUAAAAGUCCCAGGAAACCCAGACAUACCAAUCCAAGAUAAAUACCCAGGUAUGGUUGACGGUCUCCCAGCAGGAAUAAUGGAGAAGGAUAUAACUGAUAUUCUAUAUCGCUUCAACUGGACUGUUGGGUUCCAAGGGCACUACGAGACGGGUUACAAGAACGGUGCUAAAAUUGGUGGAUACUUUGUUAAUGGAAGCGAUGGCAUAAGUAGGGUAGUAACUUAUGUCGCUGAUGAGUUUGGGUACAGACCCAAAGUGAGAAUAAUAAAUAUUGGAUUGGAUUCACCAGAUACACCUAAGGAUGAUAAGACAUUCGUUUUGAAGAGCUUUGAGUUUGUAUGGUAUCCUGUUAAAUGAAACUCGUAUGGAUAAUAUCUAUAUGGAAAAUGUAAAAUAUCAUACCUCGAUAUUAUAAAAA